CCUUUAGCUGUGUUUAAACUUCACUCCCGUUGCCUCGUCAGUUUGACUGCGAGUCACUUGGUGCCUGUGUUUGGAUUCUCCACAAUAAGAAGCAGAUGAAUUGCAGGAUAAAGGCAACACUAAAUCAGUUUCAAGUGUCUGGACCCUCUCACCAGGACAAACAGUGCUCUAUAGCACCGUCCUCUGGAAGAAAAAAAAACAUCUCAAUCAUUCUGGUGGAUUACACUUGAUCAACUCUAUGUAAUCCCUCCCUUUAUUGACGGAGCUCAGACAUUUUUUGUGUAUUCUUCACAGCUUUUGCUGCUAAAGUAUGUCAGCAAAAAUGACUUCAUAGCCAUAGACUGCAGCGUAGAAGAAAAGAUACAAAAAGCAUGGAAGAUUCAAGUACCCCCUCGACACCCAUAUUCCCCACCUCCCAUACCCCCUCCUCUCUUGGCUACUUGCAGUUCUUCUGGGAGUACCAGGACAAUUUAGUCCUUGUGGAUCAUUAUAACUACACAGGCAAGCUGCAGAAAGACCGCUACCGGGAAGGACUCAAACCCGAGGGCAUUGCGUUCCUGGUGGUGUGUCUCCUCAUUGUCCUGGAGAACGCUGUGGUUCUCAUUGCCAUUUGGAGGAACAAGAAGUUCCACCUGCCCAUGUAUUACCUGCUGGGCAACCUGACUCUGUCUGAUCUGCUGGCUGGGAUUACAUACAUGGCCAACAUCAUCAUGUCUGGACCUAAUACUUUGAAACUGACGCCGUUGCUAUGGUUCCUCAGGGAGGGAGGGGUUUUCAUCACUCUGGCUGCCUCAAUAAUUAGUCUGCUGGCCAUUGCAAUUGAACGACAUGUUACCAUGGUGACAAUGAGGCCCUACCAUGGGGCAAAGCGGGGACGGAUGUGGGCGCUGAUUGGUGCGAGUUGGGCCUUGGCAGGGUUUUUAGGGGUACUCCCAAUUUUGGGCUGGAACUGCAUCCACAGACUGGACCAGUGUUCAACAGUCCUUCCGCUUUAUGACAGGAGCUACAUCCUCUUCUGCGUGUCUGUGUUUAGCGCAGUGCUCCUGGCUAUUGUGGUCCUUUAUGUCAGAGUUUUCCGCAUUGUCCGCACCAACACACAGCGCCAGCGGCUGGGUCUGUCAGGCAGCAUGAGGAAAGGCUUAGCGAGGAAGUCUGAGAAGUACAUCGCCCUUCUCAAAACAGUCACCAUCGUGCUGGGUGUCUUCAUAGCCUGUUGGCUGCCCCUCUUCGUCCUCCUCCUGCUGGACUUUUUCUGCCCCACCCGCAGUUGUCGCAUGCUCUACAAGGCUGAUUACUUUCUGGGAGUAGCUAUGGUCAACUCGCUCCUCAACCCAAUCAUCUACACUCUGACCAGUAAGGACAUGAGGAGAGCCAUUCUGAGGCUGCUCUGUCGGCCCUGUCUGAUGACCAGAGACGGCCAGGUGAAGAAGAUUGGGAUGCCGUUCCUUGAGUGCAGUUUCAGUAAAACUGAAGUGGCAUCCCAGAAGUUAGAGGGGGGACUGGAGACAACUAUUUCCUCUGGGAACAAUAUCACCACCCCAUCUCCUGUUAAGACCCUUUAUCCAAAACUCUUCAAGUCAUGAGGAGUUUGACUGCCUGAGUACAUAAGUGUUUGAAUGGAUUUCCCACGAACAGAGGACAUGUAGUGCACCUAUAAAGAGGAAGCAGUUCUGGUAUAAUCCAAAGAUGCAGUUGGAGGGGAGGAUAUACCAUGGAAGCACAAGAUAAUCAUCUUUAAACAAAUGUCUCACCUUGACAAGUCAGAAGUGAUGCAGAACGUAGUUGCGAGAUGUUUGCAAAACAAAAUGACACUCCAAUGUGAACAAGCAAACAUACUUUUUUAUGAAUAGAAGCUUGUGACUAAUUUGCACUAAAACAUUGGAGAAACAGACAAGCAGCCUCGGAUUUAUUCUGUAAGCCCCGAGAGACUUCUUCAUGACUGGAAAAAACAUUUUCGGCAUGAAUGCUGAACAAUUUUGGUUGAAGUUGCUUCUUUUUGAAGUUUCUUUUAUUGUGAUGGUUUAAGUUACUUCAUACAGCACAAACCAGUCUGCGCAGUCUGUAAUCUGUGCGUCUGCAAACACCUGGAUUUUGCUGGUUCGAAGGCCUGUGGUGUGCUAGAUUUGUUCAGCUAAAGUACGUGAAGACACCCUACAUGUGUUACAUGAUGCAAGGAGAAAUAAAUAGUCAAAAAGAUAACAGGAAAAAGAGAAGUGGCGUUUGCUCUUAACGGUUCUUACAGCUCUGUAUAAAACUGUGUGCCACAGAUGUAGGGUUGAGCCGCCACGUUAAAUUCCCGACACUGUUUUGAUAUGUCAGAUGGUUAACCUAUCUGAUGCCAAGUGGAAAGUUGUUGGGGUUUAGUGCCCAAUUUUGUUCAAACGUCAGUCUGGCAUCUGGAGGGGGAAAACAUUUUAUUGUUCCAUCAUGACAUUUUUGCAGUUUAACUGAAACUUAAUCAGCUGUAAUUGCAAAACUUUUAUAAGUCUAAUAAAUGAUUAUAAAAAAACUCCUUAAAAAAGUGGCAGAGGAAAUUAAGAUACUGAUUUGUUGUCUGUUAGUCAGUAUUUUUAAACAGAUGCUUUCUUGCUGGACCUCACUUGAUGAAUAAGGCAAUGUAUUUUUUGUACUUUAAUUCAUGUAUUGAACUUUUUAUAUUUCUGAGACUUUUCAUAUCACCUGUAUUGUAAAUAUAUCUAUUUUGUACCAAGAAAAGACUAUCAACUCCACCUUUCUUUUCAUAAAAGAAAUAAAAUGAGUUUUUUAAAGACUUG